GGUCCUGGUCGGUAGUCAGGGCUCCUGUUCUCUCUGGUAUCAGCCAUUCCUCCAGCCUGCAGGAUGAAGAAAACCAGCAAUACGAGACUUCUCCUGAAUGAGCCACCAAGGAUGGACAGGAAGGAGAUCAGCAGAAGAAUAUUAGACCUCACCUUGGAGAUCAUCUCCCUGCUGAGCGGAGAGAAAAUCCCAGUAAGAGUUCUGAGGGAAACUUCAUGUUAUCGCUAAAUUAUAAAGUAGAAGAUGAAGAUAUCAUGCAGCGAUCUUCUGGAGAAAACCUCAUUACCCUUAAUGUACAUCCAGGACUUCACAAUACAGAUCUUCCGUAUAUCUCCCCUGAUUAUGAGGAACCUUCUCCUGACCAAUCAAAGAUUAUCAUAAGUACAAAUUGGAAAGAAGGUAAAAGGUUCCUGUGUGGUAAAAACUUCAUAAAAAGAUCAGAUAUUUCUACACACAGUAGAAUACACACAGAAGAGAGGCCAUAUUCCUGUUCAGAAUGUGGGAAGUGCUUUAUAAAGAAAUCACAUCUUGUUAGACAUAUGAGAAUUCACACGGGAGAGAAGCCAUAUUCAUGUUCAGAAUGUGGGAAGUGUUUUAUCAGUAAAUCACAUCUUGUUAGACAUGAGAGAAUUCACACAGGAGAGAAGCCAUAUUCAUGUUCAGAAUGUGGGAAGUGCUUUACAAAGAAAUCACUUCUUCUUAAACAUGAUAGAAUUCACAUAGGAAUUAAGCCUCAUUCAUGUUCAGAAUGUGGGAAAUGUUUUUCAUAUAAAUCAGAGGUGGUUUUACAUGAGAGAAUUCACACAGGAGAGAAGCCAUAUUCAUGUGCAGAAUGUGGGAAAUGUUUUACAGUUAAAUCAAAUCUUGUUAGACAUGAGAAAAAUCACACAGGAGACAAACCGUAUUCAUGUUCAGAAUGUGGGAAGUGCUUUACAAAUAAAUCACUUCUUGUUAAACAUGAGAAAAUUCACAUAAGAGAUAAGCCUCAUUCAUGUUCAGAAUGUGGGAAAUGUUUUUCAUAUAAAUCAGAGGUGGUUUUACACGAGCGAAUUCACACAGGAGAGAAGCCAUAUUCAUGUUCAGAAUGUGGGAAAUGUUUUACAGUUAAAUCAAAUCUUGUUAGACAUGAGAAAAAUCACAGAGGAGACAAACCGUAUUUAUGUUCAGAAUGUGGGAAAUGUUUUUUAAAUAAAUCAGAAAUUGUUUCCCAUUAUAGAAUUCACACAGGAGAGAAACCAUAUUUAUGUUCAGAAUGUGGAAAGUGUUUUACAAAUAAAUCACAUCUUGUUAGACAUAAGAGAAUUCACACAGAAGACAAACCAUAUUCAUGUUCAGAAUGUGGGAGAUGUUUUACAGAAAAAUCAAAUCUUGCUCUACACAAGACAACUCACACAGGAGAGAAGCAACUUUCAUUCCAGAAUGUGGGAAAUGUUUUACAGAUAAAUCAAGUCUUGUUCGACAUGAGAUAAAGCCAUAUUCAUGUUCAGAAUGUGGGAAUGUGGAAGAUGUUUUAUAAAUAAACCAAAUGUUGUUAGACAUAAGUGAAGUCACACAGAUGAGAAUCCAUUUUCGUGUUCAUAAUGUGAGAAAUGUUUUACUAAUGCCAAAGUUAUGGAGCCUCAGAAAAUUCCGACAGGAGAGAUGGCAUUUUUAUGUUUUAUAUGUGGAAAAUAUUUUAUAAGGAAAUUAAAUUGUAAAAUUUAUCAGAUCAAAAUAAAUUACACUCCUUAAAAGGGUUCUCUGGGAAUAAAAAAAAAAGGAAA